AUGCAUCUGGAAUCUGCAACUCUACCUAGUUGUAAUACUUUUGGAAAUGAAACUGAUCGUCUGGCGCUGCUGGACUUGAAGAAAAGAAUCACUCAAGAUCCUCUCCAUGUCAUGAGCUCAUGGAAUGAUUCCCUUCAUUUCUGCAAUUGGGUUGGCGUUACAUGCAACCGUUGCACCAAAAGAGUUGUGAUUUUGAAGCUGACUGCUCAAAAAUUGGCAGGCUCCUUACCAAAAUCUAUAGGAAAUCUUUCUCACCUUACCAAAAUCGACCUGAGGAACAACAGCUUUGCUGGUGAAAUUCCUCAAGAAAUAGGUCGUCUUGGAAGCCUGCGAUCUCUCAACCUGUCUCGGAAUUCCUUUGGCGGCAAAAUUCCAAGCAACAUAUCUCACUGUGCACAACUAAGAGCGCUUCGUUUAUCUUUCAAUGAGCUUAUUGGAUCCAUUCCGAACCAAGUCAGUUCAUUGGUGAAUUUACAAAGGAGUACUUCCCUUUGA